GGGGGUUAAAAAUACAUGCAUAAAACUUGUCAUCUUAUUAUCAAAAAAAAUACAUAAAUAAAUCUAAUAAAUCAGUUGGAGAAUUUUUUUCCUCAACAAGUAGAAGAAAUUUUAAUAUACCUCUAAAGCGAAUGAUUAAAAAAUUCGAACCAUUAUAUUAGUCUAUGACAUUUAUUAUUUAUUUUCAAUGGCCAAUAGGCCAACGAUGACAAAUUCGAUUGAAAUUGUCGUGGUUUCAGUUUUCAGUAUUUCUUAAGAUUAAUUUCAUUUUUGAUGUUGCUUUCAAAAUUUAAUAAAACGAAUGGCUCGGUUCAUUUAACCGAAUUUUGUAAGCGAAUGACAUUGAAAGUUUCGAUAAUCGAAUUGUAACACCUAAUCAACCAUUAAACCCCAGAUGACGAACCUAUGUAUAUAAUGGAUAAUAAAUGUAAAAAACGGGGAUGUCCCUGUCUACGCUAUCGAGCAAAAGAAAACGAAAAGGAUGAAUGUGUUUUCUGUAACCAUAGCAUCGGAUUUCAUGAAUUUCCAUCUGUAAAUAUAAAUGAACAUCCGUACGGACGAUGCAACGAAGAUGAUUGCGAUUGUCAACGUUAUAAAGAAGAAACUUUAUAUAAGUGUACUUAUUGUGGUCAUCCAUUAGGUUUCCAUCAUCGUUGGAAUCAUGAUAAUACUCAAAUUACUUCAAUUGCUGUUCCAAGUUCUACCAUUACCACACAAAUAACACCGCUUCCACACGCAAGAAAUAUUAGUCGUAAUGCCGGUAGACCUAGAACUGAUAGAGUAACUAUAAAACAUUUAAUAUGCUUUGAUAAAGCAUUAUCAAAUAGGAUCCCAAAAAAAGGGACGAGCUUAUGGCUUAAUUUGAAAAAUAAAAAUCUUAUUAAAGAAAAUAUCAAAAUUUUUAAAGCCACACCAGAAGAAAUAUACAACAAUAUUCUUAAUUUGUUUAGUGAAGAAUUAAAUGGCCAAGGAUGGAUAUUAUACAGUGCAAGUUCUGGACAACCGAUUAAGGUUAAUGGUGAAAUUAGUUUUGAUUUGAUUAAAUCGCAUACAACCAAAGCCAUGAAAAAGCUAUAUAUUGGUCCUAGUGAUUAUAAUAUCGCCAAUGAUGAUUCGAAUUUAUUACUACCUCAGGUUAAUAUGGAUAAUUCCGUUGAUGUCGGAAAUGCUGGCACUUCCGCAAACAUGCAAAACAUGCAAAUUAUUAAUCUCCCGCUUCAGUCAAGUUCUGUUCCCGAAGUGGACGAUUUCUUCAAUGGAUUUGAAGACGAGUUUGAUAAUUAUAUCACACUUCCUUCAUCGUAGUGAUUAUUACUUCCACAACAAAUCUCUAUAUCAUUCAAUACGCUCGUCAAUCACAUUUAUAGACAUUUUAAAUAUUUAGAAAUUAAAACUUGAGAAAGGACUAUAAUUAUUUAAUUAUAUUGAUGUAAUUCAUAUCUUCUAGAUGAAAGGACAAUUUAAUUAUAAUAUAAUUGUAAUAAUUUAAAAAAAAUAUUUUUUUUU